AUGCAACGGCACGAGUUUGACCUUCCGAGUGAGCUUCCCGCAGAAGACAUCAAUGAACUAUAUCACAGCCAUGGAUCGACUUCAACCACGCAGGUCGACGUUGAAGCCGACAAGGACGAGCAUGCUGACGGGCGGCAACAUCCUCUCGAGGCCGCGCAAGAAGGAAGCAGUAACACGAGCGAUUCACUGGCACAAGGGCCUAAGGGGGCUCCAGAUGGUGGUGUAGAAGCCUGGCUGACGGUCCUGGGUGGCUUCUGCGCAAUGUUCGUCAGCUUCGGCUGGGUCAACUGCAUGGGCAUCUUCAUCGAUUAUUACAAGACACACCAGUUGCGGGACGAGUCCACCAGCACUGUGACAUGGGUCACGUCUCUGAUGACCUUCAUGAUGUUUUUCGGGGGUCCCUUCGUCGGGAUACUCUUCGACAACUUCGGACCCCGAUACAUCGUUCUCGCCGGCACCUUCUUCCACGUCUUCGGACUCAUGAUGAUCUCCAUCUCCUCGGAGUACUACCAGUUCCUGCUCGCCCAGGGCCUCUGCAGCCCGAUCGGCACCAGCGCGCUCUUCCACUGCAGCAUCAACUCCAUCAGCACCUGGUUCGGGCGGCGCCGCGCGCUCGCGCUCGGUAUCGCCACCAGCGGCGCCAGCCUGGGGGGCGUCAUCCUCCCGAUCAUGCUCACCCGGCUCUUCGACCAGCUCGACUUCGGCUGGGCGGUGCGCAUCUGCGCCUUCCUGAUCCUGUUCUGCCUGGUCAUCGCCAACUGCACCCUGAAGUCGCGGCUCCAGCACCGCCGCAAGCCGUUCCACUUCCUCGACUUCGUGCGGCCCCUCCGCGAGGUCCCAUUCCUGCUCACCACCGCCGGCACCUUCUGCUUCUUCUGGGGCAUGUUCCUCCCCUUCAGCUUCAUCCCCAGCCAGGCGCAGAAGAACGGCAUCACCCCAGGCCGCAUCAUCCCGCCCUACCUAGCGGACCUCUUCGGCCGCUUCAACCUGAUGAUCCUCAUGACGUUCUUGUCGGUCAUCCUCGUGUUGGGCCUCUGGCUCCCCACGCACGGCAACGUCCCCUCCAUCUGCUUCAGCGCCUUGUACGGCUUCAGCUCGGGGACCGCCGUCUCCCUGGCCCCCGCGCUCGUCGCCCAGAUCUCCGAGAUCCGCGAGAUCGGCGUCCGCAGCGGCACGUAUUUCUUCCUCGUCAGCUUCGCCGCCCUGACCGGCACCCCGAUCGCGGGCGCCCUGCUCCCGGACCCCUUGCACGGGUCGUAUCUCAAGCUGAAUGUCUUCUGUGCGGUGGUGAUGUGCUCCGGGGUCGGGUUUUAUUGUUUGGCUAAGUUGUGGAUUAGUGAGGGAAGGGUGGUCAGGAAGGUUUAA